AUGCAUCUCAGCAGGUUCGGGCUGGUUGCCCUCGGGGCAGCUGCAGUCGAUGCCUUCCGGGACACCUCUCCUUUCUUCCUCGCCUCGACGUCUGAGGUCCUGACGAACUCCGCAUACAUUAAAGCCAGCACUUCGCUGCUUAGUGACCUCUCAUCUUCUCUCAGCACCUGCCCGUCAGACUAUUAUGUUGUUGUCAACCAACCUGGCGUGCACAGUUCCGAUUUCUCGGCUCGCAAGUCAGCACCCCGCCUGGGCGCGAAGAUGCUCGGCAAGGACAAGUCAAUCCGAUCCAAGAUGAGCGUGAACGAGGUCACUGGCUUGUUGGACACCACCGAAAUUAAGCGCAUACUCUCCGAGAAAUGCAAGGCGCAGACUACUCUAAUUAACGGUUCCUCCGGGGAAUAUCCUACCUCUUUCGAAUCGGGUCCUCGGAUUCUCGACAUCGAGUUCCCCAUGCUCUCUCUGGGCUCGGACCGUGCCCAUCAGCUCUCCGACAAUGAUGGCCUUCUCGCCGAUAUAAUUGAACGAAUUCCCUCUCACUCCACCUACACUCUUCUCUAUGCUACAUCGCCUCGCGAGUUCCCCGAGUCCGACUCCGUUGUCUACGAAUCCAACGAGGGUUCGUAUCAAGACUCAGUCCACAUGGACCUUAAGCGCGACUACUCUUCCCACUCAUCUGCUCGCUCCGAGUCUGACCGCCGUCAGUCUUUGUUCGAUGAGUACCAGUACUUCACGCCUGGUAUCUUCAUGGGUUUCCUGGCCUCUUUCAUCUGCAUUGUGAUUUUGUAUGUUGGAAUUAGCGCUCUGAGCAGCCUCCAGAUCCCCUAUGCUGCUUUUGAGAGGGACACUUCGGCUGCGGUGAAGAAGCAGCAAUAG